AUGGUGUCGAACCCGGCUCCCUGUCUGCCCGCCCGCACCGGCCGCGCACCAGAGUCUCGCGCGUGCUGGAAAGAGCUGCCGACUGAGGAGGAGAUGAUCCAAGUGAAUCUCCUCCUCGACGAGAUCGCCGGCCUGUCGGCCCAGGGGCUGACAGGCACCGUGGUGGCCCUGUCCUUCAGUAAGCGGCUGGUGCAGACGAUUCAGGACAGGGUGCACCCCAGCUUCGAGUACUGGGGUCGCCAAGACCCAACCCGGGGGCAGAACCAAAAGGGGGAUGCAGGGAAGGAUGCCGCUGCCCCGGUCAAUCUGAAGGAGCCGGACGCGGCUGAUCUGGAAGCAUCGUCUGACUCGUCCGUUGGGGGCGAGUCGGACGUUGAAGUUGUGGGAGCCACCGCCCCUCCUAACCCGUCCGCGCCAGGACAGUGGAAGAGGAGGCGGGCCGUCCGUAAGAUCUCAGCCGCCAAGGCCAGCAUGAGGGGUGUCCUGCCCAAGGGGGGGCCUGCUGCCACCUCGAGGUCAGGCAGCGAAGAACCGGGGGCGGAGGACGCCCCCGAAUUGUCUGGAGAAGGUGCCGGCACUGGCGCCAGGUGCGCGGAAGGAGAGGCAGCGCUGGGGCUGACGCGUAUGGGAGGCGUCGGGUCUCCUCUGCUCGUGCUCCGGCCGCAGCCACCCGCUGCACCGUUGAAGAUGUCCUUCAUCGCGCGCCGCAGCGGCGGGAAGAGGAAGGUGGAGGAGUCCGCUGAUGAGACCCGCCGGGUCGAGGCGGCUCUAUCUCCUCCGUUGGUAGGGAGCCCACCACGGACCCGCAUUCACCGGGAGGCGGCGCAGAGUGAAGAUGAGGUGGCCGAGGAGGCCGGGCGAUCUGCGUCCGAGAAGGCCGCGCCUUUGGAGGGGGUGGAGACACCGCCCGCGUCGCCAUCGAGUCCGCAGCUGGAGAACUCAAGCCGGGAGCUGUUUCCUGCUGGCCGGGAUCCCGUCUUGCCUGAAGCCAGCCACACAGAGCAGCAAGAGGCCAGGCGGGAGAUGUCUGCCGAGCUGGCGGAGGAGCUUCUCGCCGCUGCGCGCCGCGCGAAGGAGUCGGCUGAGGCGCUGGCCGGCCUGAGCCAGCGGGCCGUCGAGAGGAUACGGGGGGUGCCGGCCGCGGACGGCCGGCUCGAGCAGCUUGAGUCCCAACUGGCCGAGCUGGAGGCGCAGAACCGCCUGCUGGAGAAGCAGCAGGCGGGAACCGAGAAAGCCCUCGUGGAUGAGAAGCAGGGUAAGGAGCGUGUCACGCUUUACGCCGACUCCUUUGUAUUCAAGCUAAUCGGUACCCUUUCAGGGUUGGAGAAGGAGGUUUGCGCCCUGAAGCGCGACCAGACGUCCUGCGAGAAGGCCAAUACCGACCUGCAGAAGGGUCGGGAGGCCGUAGAGGCCAGGGUGGACGUCAUUGAGGGUGCGGAGGCUCAGUUGGCUGAGGCGCUCGCGGCCCUGGGGCUGCUCACCGGCAAGGUGAAUGCCGUCCUCGCUGCCUUUGAACCGGAAGGUACGGCCGCAGCUGAGGAGUUGGAGGCGCGGCUAGAGGCGGCGCGCGGGCGGCUUGAGGUCUUCGCCAGGAGGGUCGCUAAUGAUGUGUCCCAGUACAUCCUUGGACUCGUGAAGUCCCACUACCCGGAGGCCGACUUGGAGCCAGUGGGUGACGGGAUGGCGCCAGACACCUCGGACCUUGCCUGGUCCAACUACCUCGCCGACGCCCGGCCGAUCGCAGAGUGCAUGGCGGCUGACCUCAACCUAUAA